AUGUCCGUGGGUAUGGCCGUUGCUAAAAGAGUGUCCCAACCUUCACCGACAUCAACAGUUAUCGUUAUCGGUCUUGGAAGUGCCUACGAUUUACCUACAAAAGUUGACGAUUGGAGGUGGAGGUUGAAGUUUAGAAAUAGAACCAUGAAUCCACCAAAUAAAGACAAAAUUUCAAUUGCCGAAUCUAAGAACCUCAUAAACCCUUAUCCGAGUUCAACAAAUAUCGCCCUGGAACUCACAGCAUAUCACAACAUGCCAGGAUCAAUUGACGAUUGGCGCUGGCGGAAACCUGCGAAAUCAAAAAGUGUGACAUCAACAACUAAAAAACCUUCGUUUACUCAUAUUACAAUUGCCGAAGCUAAAAACCUCAUCAACCCUUAUCCGAGCUCAACAAAUAUCGUCCUGGAGCUCACUGCAUAUCACGACAUGCCAGGAUCAAUUGAUGAUUGGCGCUGGCGGAAACCUGCGAAACUGAAAAAUGUGACAUCAACAACUAAAAAACCCACUAUGCCACCCACCAUGCCACCAGCUCACUUCUAUGAAGAUCAUGAUAUAAUUCAUGAAAGCAAGCCUGAUUUUUUGAUAAGUGAACCAUGGUCGGAUCACCUUCACCACAAUAUUUGGACCAGCAAACCAGACUACAAGGACAUACUUCUGCAUAAGCCCAUGGCUUCGCACACGUGGCGAAAAAGCUACAACACUCCAUACUACUGGAAACCGCCUAAAAGUAAUAUUUAUCGAAAAUCACGACCCAGACCAAUUCCAGCAUAUGAAGAAUGGAUGGAUCACCCCGGGCAUAGGGAAAGGAGACAAAUUUUUAAUUCCCUCGAGGUUACUGCUUCAAAGUUCGGACUUGAUGUUAAAACAUGUAUAUUGCGAACCAUUUGUGAGGCGAAACAUUUCCUUCUGCCGCCUGGAAAAUCCUUGAUUCAGGAUAUCAUCCGAAUUUUAUUUGAUAUUCCGGCGCAUCCUCACUGGAAGGACGAAUACAGCACAGCCACCAGGCACAAGGAAGAAGACUGCAGAAAGGUUUAUGGUGGAAAAUGCCCAAUAAGCGUACUAGAAUUUAUGCUAAAUAAUCAAAUAGAUAUUUCCAAACUGUGAC